AGAGCACUGAAACAUCGAAGUUUAGAACAUGGCUGCUCUUGGCGGGUCGAGCGUUGUGCUACAAGUCCAAGCCACAUUUUCGAAAGGUUUGCCUCACAGAUGUCGUGAUCUAGAUGACAUCAUAAGAACAACGAGCAUCAAGGAACUUCGCCAUGCCUUGCCAUACAUCAUUGAGAAUAUGUUUGGCUUUGGCAAUGAGAGUGGGUGGGGCAUUGACAAGAUUGACAAGCACAACCAUCCUCAGGAGUUUGAAUGUCUUCGGCGAUUCCUGGCUCCCGACAGUCGACUUCUGAAUCUCAUCUACCGGCUGCAAGGGGAGAUCUACCUGUCCUAUGAGUUCCCCUUCAAAUACUUGCCGGCUCCGACUCGGCAGAUGAUUGAGGAAGGGCUGAUGCCAGUGUUCCUGGUCAACAAGAUACAGUCACAGGGACUCACCGGACAAACCUUCCUCUCCCUCAGUGCGUUUGAGUACUUCCUGUUCCAUCUCGCCUACUGCCUGGUGAACCCGGCACACUCUAGUCCCACCUGGGCCAACCUCUAUGAUUACCUGUACCCAAACAUCAUUGACAGCUACAUCGGCUACUACCUGCCCCUCGACAACAAGACAAUUCCGCCAAUGCCUAAUGUCCCGUCCCCAGUCCGAAGCCCGGUGUCUCAUUACACAGUGCCCAGCUCCUACAACAGUCACUCCGUCAGCCCCAGCACCACGCCACCAAGACAUCGCACACGGCCCAGUCUGUUCAAGUCGGGCUUCAUCGCUGUACAGAAACCCCACGUGCAGGGGUCACCGGUCCUGGACCACAGUGAGGCUGAGACCUGGCGGUCGGAGACGCUGCUGCAGGUGUUGGCAGAGUUUUGGUUGAAUCAGAAUCCAGUGGACACCGAAAAAACAUCCUUUCCUCAUGCAUCCUUUCCCAUGCGGUACUGCCGACACUCUCCAGCAUAUCAGCCAGACCCUUUUGCCUACUUGUUUGACAGCUAUAUGCCCAGUCUCAACCAGGUGAAGAUGGUUCGCCUCCUCAUCAAGUACCUGCAUUUCUUCACAAACAGCGCCCCCAAUGUGAUUACCUCCCCCUACCAAACAGCCAUCCAUCCCCCAAUGGAGGAGUUUAAGAGGACUGCUGUGCCUCAGAUCCUACAGAAGAAGAUGUACAACUUCCUGGGCCACGCCUUUGAAAGAUGGCCACUGGACUCAUCUUUCCGGAUGGUGCUAGAGACGUGGCUUAGCUACAUCCAGCCAUGGCGCUACACCGAGCCAAACCAGUACUACCAGAGUAAAGACCCGCACCGUCCUGACCCCACAGACUUGAGGGACAAGAGAGUGGAUGACAGAUGGUGUCAGUUUAUUGAGGACAACCUGCUGUUCUACACCGUGAUGUUCAAGCACUUCCUGCCACGCGUGUUCCGCCUCGACCUGUCCUCCCCUCAGUGUGCCUACAUGCUCUAUAGGGUUACCAAGGUGCUGUGUCUGCCAAACCUUGCAGAGAUGAUCUUCAGAGGUGAGAGUUGGUCGUACCGCGCCACCCGCAUGCCGAUGUCAGACCUGGGCGCCAGCUACCUGUCCUCCGAUCACCUGCCCCCACACCUGCUGCCCUCAUUACCCCCGCACCUGGCCGACCUCGAGGCGCCGGGCUUCCAAUAUGUGCCUCUGUUCGGGGAGAGGAUGCACAGCCAGAUCGGUGAACUUAUACAUCAGCUGAUCCUGGCACGAGAGGCCACCGCCACCCAGCAGGCCACGCCCAAGCCAAGGAGGCGGGGCUUCGGAGCAUGGCUUGCCUCAAUCUUCUUUGAUUCCAACCGCUACAGUGAAAUCAAUGACACCAAGAAGUUGUUGCUGCAUCUCAACCAGUCGCUGAAGAACCUGUCCGAGAUAUUCAAGAUCACUCUGCCUGAUGACCUCCAGGACAUGACGCUGCCCGCUGAUGUCAGCCUACAGAAUAGUCUGUUGACGGAGCCCACCACGCCCGACUGUAUCGAGACCAACCACGGCCCCGUUCUCACAGAACAUGGCAAAUAUCAGGUUGUGAAUGGAUUGCGGAAGUUUGACAUCACCUACCAGGGAGACCCCGACCUGCAGCCAAUCAGGAGCUUUGAGAAUGCAACCCUCGUCCGCAUCCUGCACCAGUUUUGUUCCUUCAUCAACUGCCAGUUCUGUGGGCAGAUCAACAGUCUGUACUGCCGCCAGGAUCUUGUGGGACGCAUGGCCCAGGUGUACCUCGCCCCACCCCUCCGACCUCAUCACAUGCUCAAGUCUCCGACCUCGAAGACAACUGCCGAGGCUCUUCGCCAACCGCGACUCAGUCUGCGGUUCCUGGCAAGUUACCAGACCCUCAUCUACCUGGGCAUCCUCUACAUCUUCCUGCGACUGUGGCUGGGAGCUGGCCCUGUGGAGUUCCUCCUCAUCAACAUCUGUGUGUGUUUGCUGUACGCCUUCUUGAAGGCAGUGAUGAGGCCCAGGUCUGUGGUGCCACUGUGAUCGGGAGCUGCGGUCAUUGGGACCUGCGGUCAUUGGGACCUGCCACAGCAUUUACAAUGGAUGUUUCAAACAUGGUGCUUUUUGUUGAAAAGAUCAAAACAGAUAUUGAUAACAAUGACUUUGUAUUGAAGAGAAUAUUCAUAACAUGUAAGAUACAAAAUACUAUUUAUCUCCUAGGAAUAUUCUCUGGGUAGGAUUGAUGUUCCUGCAUAUUCAAUGUAGUCAGAUUAUGUAACACCAGCAAGCUGAGACCAGGUGCUCCCACAGUUAAUGUCCAUAGAGAAACAAUUGUCUGACCAUCCAGCCAGCAGUUUACACUCACUCAUGUCGCUGUCAGAACUACAGAAAGGAUGAAGAUGUGAAUCAGGUUCACCACCGUCUUGUUUGUGUUCUGGGUUGAUAUACUGUAAAUCUUGAAAUUAAUGCGAGCAUGAAUGAAAUGUGAAAAAUGCGAGUGGUCAUUCAAACACUAGAAAUUACAUAGAGGUUAUCACGCGAGUGUGUUUGGGGAUGGUAAAUAUCC